UUUUUCUCUGCAGCAGAAGGUUUCACCUAAAAUCAUGCUGACUAUUUAGCCUUUCUGAGAGACCCUCUUUUGUGGAACUACAGUCAUGAAUAGCUUUGGAGUUCCUCUUCGAAGCAACCAGUUCAUCCUCCUGCUGCUGUUGCUCUUGCAGUUUCAGAGUCUGGGUCUGGAUAUUGAUGGUCGCCCUACCGUGGAAGUCUGUGCCACACACACAGUUUCACCAGGGCCUAAAGGAGAUGAUGGUGAAAAAGGAGACCCAGGAGAAGAGGGCAAGGAUGGCAAAGUUGGACGCAGGGGACCAAAAGGAGUUAAAGGAGAACUGGGUGAUAUGGGAUCCCAGGGCAAUAUUGGCAAGUCUGGCCCCAUUGGCAUGAAGGGUGACAAAGGGGCAAAGGGUUCGGUUGGGAUCCCUGGAGGAAAAGGCAAGGCAGGUACUGUCUGUGAUUGUGGAAGAUACCGGAAAGUGGUUGGACAACUGGAUAUUAGUGUUGCUCGACUCAAAACAUCUAUGAAGUUCGUCAAGAAUGUUAUAGCAGAGAUUAGGGAAACCGAAGAGAAAUUCUACUACAUCGUGCAGGAGGAGAAGAACUACAGGGAAUCCCUGACUCACUGCAGGAUCCGGGGAGGAAUGCUAGCCAUGCCUAAAGAUGAGGCUGUCAACACCCUUAUUGCUGACUACGUUGCCAAAAGCGGCUUCUUUCGGGUGUUCAUUGGGGUGAAUGACCUUGAGCGGGAGGGGCAGUAUGUGUUCACAGACAACACUCCAUUGCAGAACUACAGCAACUGGAAUGAGGGGGAGCCCAGUGACCCCUAUGGUCAUGAGGACUGUGUGGAGAUGCUGAGCUCUGGUAGGUGGAAUGACACAGAGUGCCAUCUUACCAUGUAUUUCAUCUGUGAGUUUGUCAAGAAGAAAAAGUAACUUUCCUUAUGCUACAAAAUCACUCUUUUCCUGUAACUACUAGCAGUUAUUUUUAUCCACCUUUUCUUCCUAAUUACACUGCAUUUGCUAAAAUAAGAUUAGGAGCUUCCCUCAACCAUGCUCUUCUGCGUCAAUUGUGACAUUUUUAUACACAAUUGGUCCAAUAGCUCAUCACAUGAAUUGCAUCCUGAGAGAGAAUUGAAACCACUAGUCAGGCAGGAGGUGUUUGUAUAUGACUACAUGGAUAUGCUGUUGACCUUUGCUUUGUUUGCUCUCCCCAGAGCCCCAUACACGGUGGGUAAUUGAAUAAUUGGUGAUGAAUAGGUUGAUUGUGUGAUAAUUGAGCUAACUUGACCUUGCUCAAAGUUUAUAAAUAUAUAGGAAGGACUUCUGUGAAUAAUGUCAAGAUAUCUUUCUCAAAACUAAUUUCAUUAGGCACCUGCUACAGAAGAGACAUAUUUGAAAUAAUUUAACUUUAAACCUCCUGUGGGAGUUUCUAAUUUAGUGAUCUGUUCCUGACAAUGUGGGAUCCUGAAAACUUGUCUGUACUUCUGAUCUACUGCUUUGACUAAAAUUUGGCAACAGGUAUCUUGGGUCUUUCCUGUGGAAUUUUGUCUCUGAUCCCUAUUCAACACUCUAAUUUAAUGAAAGGGGAACUCGGAAGGCAAAAUGAAAGAAUUGUUUCUAAACAAUAUACAUUAUACUCCUUUUUAUUAAAUUUCCCCUUGCUACUAAUGGUUCCAUUUUUUUCCAUGAGUAUAUUCAUGAAAACUUAUUCUUCCUUUUUGGCAUAGAUAAUGAGGGAAGGGAGUUCUGAAGUCUUCAGAAAACUCUAGAAACUUUAAAGUGCUACCUUCUCCAGGGCCCCUUCUUCCUGGCGCUGAUAUAUCUCUCAUAGUAAAAUUUUAUGGGAAGCCUUUCACUCUCUGGAAAUUAAUGUUGCCAGAGCUGCCCUUCCUGAUACUCUGAUAUCACAGGAAUACCAGGGACAGCAUUUGGAGUGUGAAUAGAACCUCAUCUACUGAGUUGGCAAAAUUCUACCUUGAGCUGCAGAUCAAACCUCAAAGCAGCUUUCAUUUGGCAUUUGAAAACAAACAGUUGAACUAAACUCUAGAUUAUCUCCUUAUAAACUGAUGCUCCACUUAUGGGUUGUGACACAUGAUGAGACUGUUCAAAAUGCUGGCAAAACAGUUAAUGAAAUAAGAGAAACGGAUCAACAACAUAUGUUCUCUGUAAACCAUCUGUCCAUGAUUUUGCCCAUGACUAACUGGUUGUAAGAUAAGAUUUAAUGAAAUUAGCUCUGUGUAUUCAACAAGAGUUCACAAACCCAGAUCCUAUAGGGUUCAUAGAGAUGGCAUAAAUAUAUGAAAUGCAACAGGUAAGGCCCUGGCCCCCUGAGCAUAGCCUGCUCUUUGAAAGAGCCAAUUGUUCCUCAGUUAUGCAAGACCCAGCCUUGCUGCAUACCAGUGGCCUGACAUUUGAACAGAAUUCAGAAAGCUGGAACUUUAUAACUUCAUAUUUUUAAGUGUUGACAAUUAAUCAAUUUUUAACCUAGAUUUUAAGGCAUACAAGAGUCUGCUGGCCCAAUUGUGAUCUUUCCAUUUCUUACCUCUAAGGAAAGUUCUGAAGGUUCUAAUCAUGCCAGAUGUCAUUAAGAUAUGAUGACAUCAAAGUCAGGUCUCCCACGAGACCUUAACUCAGUUCAGCUCAGUAGCAGAAAUAUCUUAGUUGUCUGACAUUUAUCAGGUUAUUAAACUGUCUACAGAGUGUCUUUUGAGAAUGUGGCAUAGGGUAUUUGAAGGCUGAUAGGCUUAAUAAAAUUACAAAGAGGACACCAUGCCAAAGCCGGCAUCUUUGGAUAGAAUGCCAGCUCAGAUUAUGUGGACUAGGGACACUUAUAAAUACAGGGAGAAAAAGACAGGGCUGGCAGAGGAGAGGAGCCAAGAGAAACCACAGUCUAGGGGCAGCCCUCAUUUGGAUCCAUGUUCUUAUUUGUUCUAAGUCCCUGGAGUCUGAAUAUUUCUUAACAUACAGCCAAUAACAUCAUUUCUGUUAUGAACAUUAUAAUGCUAACAACAGUUCUCUCAAUACUCAUUUUUGCUAUGGAUGCUUCUAAGAGUAGAUGACAUAGUUUCAAAUAAUAGGAUUGAUCAUAAGCCUUGCCUGGAAGAAAAUUUAAGACAUUAUAUGUUCAAUUAGAAUUAUACAAAAAUAUAUACUUUUUUCUAUUUUUCUUUCAAGAUAUAGUGUCAGUAUGUAACAUAGGCUUUCCUCAAAUUCCCAGUCCUUCUGCCUCAGCCCCUUGGGUGCUGGGAUUACAGACAUGCAAAGCCAUGACCAAAUGAAAACUUGUACAUACAGUGCAUUUUGUCCUUUUUAAAUGUCUUUGUAUAGCCUUGCUCAUUUGAUCUUGAUAAUACCUGAGACAUAUGAAAGGCAGUCAUUUUUACUUCCAUUUUACCAGUGAAAAUACUGAGGCCCAAGGAAGCAAAGAUUUUGAAAAAAAGCAAUACAUUUGAGAGAAAAGCGACCUUUCUCUAGACUGCUAGUCCAAACUGCCAGCUCCCUGGAUUGCAUACUGUGAAGGUAGCAAGAUUUGUAUGGGACAAGAAAAAGAAGGCAAAUAGUAUCACUCAUAGCACUGUCAACAGACUGAAACCAGGUUCUUGCAGGUGUUAACACUGAACAGAAAGUGAUGGUGUGGCUCCAUAAAGGGGACACAAGUUCUAGUUUGGCAGCAUUGCUUAACUCGAGAUCUAGUGUCAUGGCUGCCUGAAUGUCAGUCAAUGCUGAUUGUGACCCUUACUAGCUAUAUUAGGGGACUAUUACAAACAGUUCUCUCAAUUGACAAUUGUGAUGACUAAGGAGGAAUUAUGGUGAGGUGUGUGAGAAAGUACCAGCUAGAUAGAUGCGAUAAAACUUAGACAUUACUAUUUGUCACAUGUGCAUAUAAAAAAGAAACAAAAUACAUUUUGAUAUAAAUGAAAAAUACCUAAGUAUAUAUCAAAUAAAUACUAUAAAUCAACAUGUGUACUAUAUAAGCAAUAUAACUAUGCACAUACUAACAUAUAUAUAUGUAUAUAGCAAGGUAAUCUUCCUUAUCCUUAUUUAUAGAUAAAAUUUUAUCUUAAGAAGGUGAAUACAUUUUUGAGAAGCCUCACUACUUGUUAGUCUUUGAGCCAAGGUUCAGAACUGGGUAUGAUUGAUUCGAAAACAAGACAUAAUUGUUCGUUAUGAAUUUUUGGUUAUCAUACAUAGAAAGGGUUUCACGAUGACAUUUUCAACAUUUCUACUUUAUUGUCACUCCUCACUGCCUUUCCUCAUUCCCCUUUCCUCAUUUUGCUGUUUCCCUUCUUCCUCCCAAAUAGCCCCUACAUCUGCUGAAAUGUCAUUUAUCUGAACUUUCAUUUAAUCAUAUAAAAAGUAAUGAAUUUUCAAGCACAGAAGGAAAAUCCUUGGGGACUGAAGGGAUGGCUCAGUGGUUGUGAGUGCUUACUGCUCCUUCAGAGGACCAGAGUUCAGUUUCAAGCAUCCACAAUGGGUGGCUCACCAUUGUUUUUAACUCCAUCUCUAAGAGAUCUGGCACCAUCUUUUGGACUCCAUAGCCACCUGCUCUCAAACAUGCACGUUCACACACACACACACACACACACACACACACACACACACCCAUAUACACAUAAUUAAAACAUAAUUCUUUUUUAAAAACAUAAAACCAUUAACUUGUGUUACCUUUCAGUUAUAAAACCUUCACACUACAGCUAAGACCUUUCAAAUAAGAGAGAAAACAUCUGUUAUGUCAUCUCGAAUGGGGAUUGAGAAAGAACUGUUCACCAUUGAUACUGUACACAUAAACCUUUUAUAAUAUAGGAAUUCAUUUUAAUGUUUCCUUAACAGAUGGUCAUGCAAUCUGUAUUUGAAUGUUUUUGGUAAUUUGAUAAACCCUUAUAGCAUAUUAAAAUACACUUUCUCUAAUUUGCACCCAU